AGAUAAUACCACGCGCUGUAUUGCUGUCUCUUUCAGUUACUUGUGGUUUGGUGCAGUUUUGCAAACGGAGAAGAAGUCCACCGUCAAAGUGGGAUCAGCAGUUGUUCGUCGACCGUCAACCGUGUGAGUUGUAUUCUGUGCCAGUGCUUUGUUUCUCAUUGUGUGGGGUUGCUUGAGAGGCAGAGAGAGAGGUAACAAGUGCAUGCACCUCAUUGCCGGAAUCUCCCACAAGGUGAAUCAGGUGUUGUGUGUUGUUGUGCAUACAUAAGGAGACAGGACAGGAUCUGCGGAUAAGCGUUUGUGCCAAAAAAUAAACAUUCAGCAUAAUUUUUUUUGUGUUUUUUACUCAUAAGAAAAAAAGAAUCUACCUUAAAUUCUUCCAUUGAGAACUAACUUCGAGGAGUUGUGUCAGUGUGGGUGAUUAAGAAAAAAAUAAUAUUAAAGGAAAAAAAAGUAAAAUAAGAAGGUAUUGACAGUGGAAAUAUGCACAGAGGGAGGAAUUUAAUGUGACGAAAAUAGAGUGCAGUUGGGAAAAUCGCGCGCGCGUGCGAGAAGGAGAAGGCCAUAAGGAAUUUUUCGCGUGCACGAAAGGGAAGGUUAAUUGAGAGAGAAAAAAAUUGUGUGUGAGAGGCUGAGGUAUUGCCAUUUCAUUCAUGGACCAUAAAGCAAGUGGAUGUGUGAGUGAGAGAGGAAUACAUUGUUUUGCAUUGGAGAUAAUCAACAUCAUUUGCUGACGUCAUGGGUCGCAGGAAAGGAGUCACAUCGAAGGCAGCAGCAUCAAAAAAUAGCAAGAAAACAGCCGAAAGUGUAGGUGUUAUCGCAAAUGAUGAUGGAAAAUUGAAAGAUGAUCCCGGUGGUAGAUUACCACGAAUGAUGGAAGCGGUGAAAACGCUUCCAUCGCAAUCAGUUGAUACUUCUCCGAAAGCAGCGACGCAGCAGUGUGGAAAGUCUUCAGGGAAUCUGAGGAAUAGCAUCAACAACAACAACUCACCAUCGAGUGGGGCGACGAGCAAAAUACCAACGAGUACGACAAAUUCGUCAGAUCUCAAGUACCUGCAUAAGAAAUUCAAGCGUAUUGCCAGUGCAACAGUUGAUGAUCCCCUCACGGCAGCUGCUGCGGCUGCUAUUGUUGCACCAGAGGCAAUCGCGGGGACACCGAGUGGUGGUGAUUGUGGUGAUAAAGUGAAAGAUGAUCGCGUGGGUGAUGGGGAUGAUGCAGUAGGUAGCCAGGUGGUGAUUGUGAAUGGUGUUGAUCGUGCAAAAGGGAAGGAGGGUAAUUGCAUUGCAAACAAUUCGACUGAUAUACAUGUACAACGCGAAGAGGUGCUCCCCAAUAAAAUACCCAUUGUGCAAAUUCAUCAGCCGCAGGUGCAGCAGAAUUCACUGCAGCAAAGCAUCCAUGCUGCCGCCCCUGGUAGUGGUGGUGGGUGCAAUGAACAGAAUCCCCCAAACUCAGGACGAAAUGUGUGCCAAUACUGCAAUUUGAACUGUACAAAGCCAUCAGUGCUGCAAAAACAUAUCCGAUCGCAUACGAAUGAACGUCCAUAUCCGUGUACACCCUGUGGGUUUGCCUUCAAAACUAAGAGUAAUUUGUAUAAACACUGCCGCUCACGUGCCCAUACGUUGCGCCUCCAGGGCGGGGAUGCACCGCAGCACGACGACGAAUUGGGCUUCACGUCGGAUCAGGACCAGGAAAAUGAUCUCAGUAGUAAUGCCAGUGGGUCAGAUGUGGUGAGUCGAACAGCAUCGCCAAUGGAUGAGAGAGUUGUGUCGCCGUAUCAAAUGCCUGAGAAACCGUACAAACCCAAGUUUCACAAUGCAGCUGCCUUCUACACCAAAGAGGAGUCCCCGGAAUUGGCGGUGGCGCAGUGCCAAGUGGAAAACUCAGUGCCGCCACCGAAUCCAUUGAGGAAUUUUCCUCCAACAGUGCCAUCGACAUCCCAUCAGACACAUCAAUUGGCUAGUCAGCAAGACUUAGAGCAGCAUAUUUCCAAGAUAAUCUCCGAGAAUGAGGCCAUUAUGGAGGAUGUGGAGCCACCGCUGCAGAAGAAGUACCACAAAAUCACGGGAAUCACUCGUGGGGUUAGUGUUCAGGAGGGACUGGUUCCGGGUAAAGGGGCAGCAGCAGCAUCAGCUCCCACGUUGAGGGUGCCACGCGAUGAGGGAUACAUUGCGGCGAAGACGCAGCAAAUUAGUCAACCAGGUGGAAGUUCAGUGCAGGCACAGUUGCCAACCAGCAGUUCCUCCACACAACCACUAAAUCUCAUCAAGGCACCCCCGCCGGUGUCAGAGAGCAACGAACGCAAAAGGUGCUACAGUGAGACAUUUAGUGGACCCGAUCUCACAGCUGUUGCCAAUCACCCGCAGAAUCCGGAAAGGUCCAUCAUAAAGGGUCUCCUGUUGGAUUGGAAGAGUGUAACGGGUGGUGAUGGGGAGGAUGCCGUUCAUACGUGCCAAGUGUGCAAGAUAAGCUUCCGCAGUGCGGAAAAUCUCAAGUAUCACACCAUUUGCUACUGCCAGGGGAACCAUAGUGCCCCAAUUAGCCCCGUUGGCUCCCCAUCGCACAAGUACUCCCGCAGUAAUUCCAUCCAUGUCAACCUUCCGGAGAAGUACAAUCCGAAUACACUGAAGAAUCUGGCCAAGUGUACACUGAGGCAACCACCGAGGACCCCGUCGACGCUAUCAAAGCUGGCGCAGUCACAGCUGAAACUUCCCAAGCCCAAACCUGAGAAGAUUGUGCUGACCACGUCGAAUCUUAUUGCGUCAACGAGUCAGGUGGCACGGAGUGAGAUUCAAGCACCCCUACCAUCACCUGGACCACUCCUCGGGAAGACACGCCUUGUUGAGGAUAAGAAAACAGGACAGGGGAGUGAUGAGGUGGUCAUAACGCAUGUUAAUCAUGAUCCAAAACAUAUCAAACGCCCACCGGAACCACCAGCAAUGCCCUUUGCGCCAAAUGAGCCAGAUGAGAAGGUGGAGAAGAGAAUAAGGCUCGAGUACACCGCACCAGCGGCGGGAAAUUCCCUGACAUCUGUCUAUGGGAAUGGGAAGACUCCGGCACUAUCCCUCGUGGGGCUUGAGUACCUCCGGACAAUCCGGGCGCUUCCGAGUGAGUGUCAAAGUGGGCAAAAUCGUGAGAUGUACGGCGGGGAAUUGGAGAUGGUGAAGAAGUUCGAUGUGAAGGGAAAGUACGAAGAUGACAGCAUCAGGCGGGAUUCCUCAGGUGGGAGUAUCAUAUCCGAAUCCCCAGGGUCGGAUUCAGAACAGAAUAUUUCAAUAAGAACCCCCGGAUUGUAUUCUGGGGGGAAAGUUGAAAAGAUAAGCGCAUCGAGAGAUUCCCCGCCAAUUAAUCCACUCACCCCCAGCCUCUUGGUUGCUUCCACCCUCUGUACACCGAGUCUCGUGCCGUCGGGGAAGAGUGGCAUAACGCAUUUCCAAUUCCCACCAAUUAAUCCCAUUACUGCCUACAAUCCACUCACAUUGCCACCUGUUUCCCUCACGGCGGAACAUGCUACGACAAUCCUUCACGGGGGGAAGCUUAUCCCCUUUGUUCCGGGGAUUCCAGGUCCCAAUUCAGCGGUGCCAAUACCAACGAAAGUGGAUUUGAAGAGAACAACCCCAAGUCCGAGUGUUAAGAAGCCCCUUUUGUUGGGGAUUCCCAACAAUGUGGUGGAGAAGAAGGAACCACCGCCGUUGUUUAAUGGGCAACAGCCGAUCAUCCCGAGUAUAAAGAUUGAAUCGAUGGAGGAGAAGAAUCGCCUGAGGGCCGUGAAGGUGGUGCCGAAAGUUAAGCAACCGGAAGGGGUGAAGAAGAGCUUCAUCUUUGCACGAAUUGCUGACAAUUUGAGUCCCCGUAAGGUUGAAGAUGCGCCCCAAGAGGAGCCGCAUCAUUUUACCUUUGAAAACAUCCCAAAAGGUGGGGAGAUGAAGCAACCACUGCCACCGGUAACGGUGGAAAUUCCCACAGAGCGGAAGGACGAUGAGAAGCCAACAAAGUUCCUCAGACCCACGAGUUUGCCCCUGAAACCCGGAACAUUCAUCCCAAAGCGCCAUCAUGGUAUCACCCCAACGACAAAUACACUUCCACUGAUCUCCCCGGAAACCCCAAGGCCAUCGAAGACGUGCAUUCAGAUGUACAUCAAUGGGCAGGCGUACACGUACCUGGGGCUGAAGUGCAGCACAAAGCCCUUCUACUGUACGGUGAACAAGACCCAACCGAUCUACCUUCCGCAUCACAUUCGCACCAUCUCAAUGUACAGUCAGUGGCAGGUUUGUGCGGAGAGUAACCCACAUCCGUUGGGCCUGAAGCCAGACGCUGUGAUCUCCCUGUAUGAUUCACGGCAUCGUCCGCUCAAUUUCACCGUGGCGCAAACGGUGAAGGAGCACAAGGAGACAAAGCCAAUCCAGUCACAGGGAACAAUAUCGACGCCAUUUGUGAUAACGCACAAGGAUCAGAUUCAGCAUCACUACCAGAAACCCCUUCCGCCGCCAGUUGUGGAGAAGAAGCUCGAACGCGGUGUGGACAAGGAGGCAACAGGGAAGAAUGAUGCCGGUGCCGUGAGCUCAACAACUGUUCCUGGUGGGUAUGAGAGUACGGAGGAUUAUGAGUAUGUGAAAGGAAGGGGAUUUGGACGGUAUGUUUGCCACACGUGCGGUAUCCGCUGUCGUAAACCAUCAAUGCUGAAGAAGCACAUCCGUACCCAUACAAACAUCCGACCCUACACCUGCCAGUAUUGUGCUUUUAGUUUCAAAACAAAGGGCAACCUAACGAAGCACAUGAAGUCCAAAUCACAUGCCAAGAAGUGCGAGGAAUUGGGUUUGAAUCCAAUACCGAUGACAGUGUCGGAUGAGGUGCUGGAAAUGGAUGCCAAUAAGGAGAGACAGGUUACAGUUCCAGGUGAUUCAGAUUCCGACGAUGACUCAGACGGAGAUGAACCAGACUCCGAACUAAGUGACGCCGACGAAUCCAAGUCUCGCCUUCAGGAGCACGAGGCUGCCAAAUGUUUGCUCUCAUUGGCCAUGACUGUGGGUGCAUCGGAGUCAACCAUUGAGACGUGCACGAUGAAGUCUCCGCAGCAUCCAUCUCCUGAACCAACGCAGCGGCGUGUUAUCACAUUCAAUUCACCGCCGGCGAUAUUUGACUUCCCGCGCCUCGAGCAGUACUACGCGAAUCCCAACAUCCACAAAGUCUCCGUUCCGGGUGGGUUUGAGUACGACGACGCUGGGAAUAUGCCGAUGGAUCUCACGAAACCACGCGAAAUGACUGCCACGAAGAUGGCGGAGGUGGUUACAACGAUGGAGCCGGCCAGCUUCCUUGUUUCCCUCGUUUCGAUUACGGAUAAAAUUCCCGCCACUCCCGUGGGUGGGGCUCCGGGGGAGAUUGAUGGGAAUAAAUUGCUGCAGGAAUACCUCACGGAGAGGGCGCUGCAGGGAUCGAAGAUGAAGCAAUGCCAGAAGAAUUCCGAAGCACUCAGCAAUGGGAAUGUUGUUGCCUUUGUAGCCAAUGCCGCUCUGGGGAGUCCGGCGAAGGAUGCUAAGGUGGAAGGGGUGGAGAAGACAACGACAAGUAUGGAGACCCUCGCGGAGAUUGCGGCAAGUAGCAAGAAGAUCGAUGUGGCCAAGAAUGCUGCAAACUUCCCCCUGAGAACGUCCAAUGAUGUGGCAAAGAAUGUUGCUUCGGAAUACCUGAAGAUGGCUUCGAAGAGUAAGCUGCUCUUCCCGAAGGGUGAUGAGGGCUUCGAGAGUGGUGGAGCAGAUGUUCCGGAAGUCCCACAGGCACCACCUGCACCCCAGGAAACGGGUGUUCCCGUCAAUGCGGGCAAAAUUGCGGGGAUUUUGGCCCGGACAGUGGUUGUGGGGGAGAAUGGACGUGUAACGCCGGAAUUCCCAGCGGGGUCCUUCUCCCCGGGACGCAGAUUAACACGCAUCCACGAAGAUGGGCGAUCAGUGUGUGAGAUUUGCAAUAAGACCUUCCAGAAGCCGUCGCAGCUUCAUCUGCACUUCAACAUUCACUUCCUGGAGCGGAAGUAUCGCUGUGAACCGUGUGCUGUGAGCUUCCGCACGCAGGGGCAUCUGCGGAAGCACGAACGGAGCGAUGGGCACAACAACAAAGUGUCGCGAACGUCGACUUUUGGUGUUCCAACAACAACCAAUCCGCGCCCAUUCAAAUGCAGCGACUGCAAAGUUGCCUUCCGCAUUCAUGGGCACCUCGCCAAGCAUCUUCGCUCCAAGAUGCACGUCCUCCGGCUCGAAUGUCACGGGAAGUUGCCCUUUGGGACGUAUGCGGAGAUCGAGAGGGCCGGCAUGAGUCUCACGGACAUUGAUACGACUGAUUGUGAGAAUUCCCUGGCAAGUCUCAAAGCUCUAGCGCAGAAGCUGCACGAGAGUGAUCCCACCAAGCUGUCGCAGUGGAAUACACCCAAUAAUCGGGCAGGAAGUGGCGGAGAAGCUGGGGAUUCGGACACCGAUGAGGGAGACGAAGGGAGUCCGGAUGAUUCUCUCAGUGGCAAUGAGAACUCCACACUGCCCGGGAAUACCAUUGAGAGUGGGCUGCCCGAGGGUGUGCCAAUGAAGCGGAAACCUCCGGAUGAUUUGGGCACAUCCGCAGGGGAUGUUCUACCAGAGAAAAGACUUAAAAGUGCAUCGCUGGACACGUAGUGCCAAAUUUUUGGAGUCUCCAUGAGAAAGGUACAGUGAGGGCAAAGAAAAUAGAGCCACUUUUUUUAUUUCUUCAAAAAUUUUAUUUCUUUUAUUAUUUUAAAUAUUUUUUUUAAAUGAAAUUUUUUUUAAAUUAAUUUCCAGAACAUCUGUUUAGUUUUCAAGAAAAUUAUUAAUUUGAAAUAUGUUUAGACGAGAUUUUGGUCUAAUCCUUCCGGGUAUUUUUUUAACACUUGAAGGACACGAAUUUCUAACCUCAAACUUUGUGCCUAAUUUUCUAUUAGAAAGAAAACGUUUUUCUGAUAAUUUUUUAAUUAACUUUUCAUAUUUCGACGCUCCCGAAGAUUAUGAACCAUACUCCUUAUACAACACUCUUGUAUGUUUUUUUUUUGGAUUUUUUAAGUAAUUUCGUAAAACAAAAUUGUUUCAAAAUACUGAAAAUUUUUAUUUAAUUUUCGCAAUUCAACUCCGGAAUUUGCCACCAAAUCUUCCGGAACAAAAUAAAAUGAUGAUUUUAUGAAAAUUCAAAGAUAAAUCUAAUUAUUUUUGCAAGAUUUUUCUCUUAAUUCAAUGGGAAUCUAGAAUAAUCCUAGAUUUCUAAUAAAAUAAACCCGGAUUUGGACGAAAAAACAAUCUUUCCAGGAAAAUUAAUGAAAAAUAACCAAUUUUCCGUUUUUUUUAAUAAACAAUUCACUCGUAUGAAGCUCUAUUUAUUUGGCUCUCAUUUGACAAUUUCUUCUGCGGAGAUUCAUAAAAAAAGGAUUUAGGGAUUAACAAAAGAAAAACAAUGAGAAAUGCACUGUGAGACAAUGUUAUUUCUUUGCCUCCUUCUUUGUUCAGAAACUCGUGAUAGUGUUUUUUUUUUAAUUAAAAUUUUUCAUUUAAAAUUAAUGUCUUUUGCAACUUACAAAAACUCUUUUUUACAUGAAAAGAAUUUUUUUUCCAAUUUGUUAGGAAAGAAAAACUCCCAACAUGGAGGUUUAGCAUGAAAAAUGUGGAAAUUGCGUGCUUUGGUAUUUGAUAGCUUUAAUGAAAAAUAUCCUUUGCGUUUCAAAUCGUUGAAUUAAUGAUAUUUUUUGCCUUUCAUUUCCUUUUGAAUAUCCUCUUAUUUUCUUUAUAUUAUUUUGUAGUGCAAUGUUGGAAUUUUCCUUAAGGAAAAGAUACAAAAUACAAAAAAUCCCUUUUUCUUUCAUUUUGAUUUAUUUGAAAAGAAAAAAAACGAAGGGGGAAGGAUAAAAAAAUAUGAAGAAAAAUAUCAAUUAAGACAUAUUCAAGGAAAUAAAAAUUUAGAGAGAAAAAAAAAUGAAAUAAAAAGCCACAGAGGAAAUUUUUUGAGAAAAUAUUUCUACUCUAUAUUUAAAUUAUAAAAAAAAAUGUAGUGUUGUAUUUUUAUAUAUAUUAAAAUAUAAGAGAAAUGUGAGCAAGGAAUUAAAAAAAAAUGAAGAAAUAGAGAAAAUAACGAUAAUUAAAAAAAAAAGUAUAAGAAACAAUGUAAAAGAUAUUCUUACCUUAAUUAUAUAUAUGUAUACAAGUUAAAAUUUAUAUAUUAAGCAUAUCAAUAUUAUUUUAUUUCGUAAUGUCUUCCAUUAAAAUGAUUUUUUUUCCAUAAAAAAAAAA